UCAACCAGUGAGAAUCAAGAUGAAAUGAGAAAGACUGAUGAAAAGAACAACUCAGAAUCCAGCAAACAGGAAGAUGAGCCAACUAAUAAUAGCAUCAUGUGGCAACAGACAGAUUCCGUAGAGGCAAACAUUGAGGAUGAGGGAACCAAAGAGUUCAUGAAGGAUCCAAUGUCCGCUUCUGAUGAUAUUCUAGACACUGGGGGUGAGGCAAAUCUGAAGGUAGAACAACCAGAGUUGGCCUUUGUACUCUCUGAGGAACAGUCACAGACAGAGGGAAGGAUUGAGGAGACAAGGCUGGCAGGACAGACAGACGGAGGGACUGAGGAAACAACAUUGGGAGGACAGACAGACGGAGGGACUGAGGAAACAACAUUGGGAGGAAUCAACCAGAAGGACCAAGAGGAAGAGCAAGCGCAACAUGUUGGUGUUAAUACUCUGGAUGGGGGAGGAGCAACUAUGGAAGAGGAGGGGAAGACAGGUGAUUUUGUCAGCGAGUUAAUGGGUGAGGAAGACCAUAGUGGAAGAGGUGAUGAAGAAAUUCAGAAAGAAUCUAUUGCUGAGAUUGAAAACCAGGCUAUGGUAGAUCCUCCAGAACCAGCAGUGCAGUGUGUAGAGGAGGUACCUUUAGACACACAUAAAGAUGUGGAUUUGGACCAGGUGGAGGAGGCCUUUGAACUGGAGGAAGGGGGUAAAGUUGAACCGGACCAGUCAGGAGGUGAGGUCACAUCGGAUGAGUCCACAACACAGAGUGGUGGCGAUUUGCAGGAAAAUCCUCCACAGGUCCUCAUAGAAGCAGGGGUAGACUGGGGGGACAACUUGGGAGAACAGCCAAGUGAGAAGGUCUUUGUAGAAGACAAGAGGGGAGGAGAAGGAGCAGAAGAAGCGAUUGUGGGAGAGGUAGAAAUGGUGGAAGAGCCUGUGACUGUUUUAGAUGAUGAGAUUGAAAACAUAGAGGAGAAUCAGACUGGUGAACUUGACGAACAAAAGCCUGCCACCACUGCAGUCCCUUCUGAAGACACCAUAAGGGAAAGAAAGGAUGAAGGAUGUCAAGGACUGGAAGCUGAGAAAGCUGAACAUGGCAAAGAGAAAGAUGAGCAGCAAAAAGAUGAAAAUGGAGAGGAAGAGAAGGAUGAUAAGCCAGAAGAUGACAACAGAGACUGUGAUAUAAAUGGAAGAGUUAAAGAGCUGAAGCAAGCAAUGGAGAAUGGGAUCCUGUGUCCCGAGCCACAAGCACCCAUGAUAGAGGGAUGGGGGACAGCAAGAAUGCUGUCACCAAGGAGAAAAGAUAAUGACUGGAUUAAAGCUGAUCAACCUGAGGAAGAGAGAACACCAGAAAUAAAAGAGUGGAGGAAAGAAUUGAAGCCUGUGAAAAAAGACAUGUGGGAAACAGAAAGGGGAAGGAAGGAAUGGGUGAAGAAGGAAGCAUCACCAGAGGAGAAAAGUGCGCCGAGGAACGAGGACUGGAUAAAGGAGCUGAAGUCAGUGAUCAAAGAUGAAUCCCUGCCCAGAAAAAAAGAUGAGCAGGUGAAGAGAAAACGAGUGGUGCUUUGGGAGGAUGGCCAUUCAUACAUUCCCCAGAGGGAGGAGAUGACUGAGGAGAAGAGAGAGGAGGUGAAGCUGAUCUCCCAUAGGAGAGUGGAAAGCCCUUUGCCUCCUGUGUGCAGGAACAACACAAUACCCCAAAAUCAGGACUAUGAGAUCUCACUCUAUGUCAAGGCGGGAAGUGACGGGGAGAGCAUCGGUAACUGUCCAUUCUCCCAGAGACUCUUCAUGAUCCUGUGGCUUAAAGGAGUCAUCUUCAACGUCACCACUGUCGACCUCAAACGGAAGCCAGCCGACCUGCAGGACCUGGCUCCAGGAACCAACCCUCCCUUUGUGACCUUUAACGGUGAGGUGAAGGUUGACGUGAACAUGAUAGAAGAGUUCCUGGAGGAGAAACUGACCCCACCACGCUAUCCCAGACUGGCUCCCAAACAUCGUGAAGCCAACACAGCCGGCAUCGAUGUGUUCGCCAAGUUCUCAGCUUACAUUAAAAACCCAAGAAAAGACACCAACGACGCCUUAGAGAAAGCCUUGCUGAAGUCUCUUCGGCGUCUCGAUGACUUCCUGAGGACCCCCCUCCCCGAGGAGAUCGAUGCUUACACCUCAGGUGACCUGCCUGAGUCGUCCAGGAGCUUCUUGGAUGGAUCUCAGCUCACUCUGGCCGACUGCAACCUCCUGCCUAAACUACACAUCCUUAAGGUCGUAGCCAAGAAGUACCGUGGCUUUGAGAUCCCGGCAGAGAUGACGGGGUUGUGGAGGUAUUUAAACUGCGCCUAUCAGAGGGAGGAGUUCACCAACACAUGCCCUGCUGAGAGGGAGAUUGAAUUUGCCUACCUGGAUGUUGCGAAACGAAUCAAAUAAGAGCAAGAGUGGGAGAAGCAUGGGGACAACUAGAUCAGAUACAAAGAGUAGGUCUUUCAACAAAUAGCUAAAAGAGAAAAGAUGGAAAGAAAGUAGAAAUAAGGAAGAGUAGUACACAUAGAAAUACAACAGGUGUUUUGGUGAAGCCUAAUUAAUUGACAUGAAGAUGAAGAAAGAGGAGGAGUGAGUAGAACAAAAAAAGAUGGCUGAGGCACUCACUAAAACACCCUAACCUGAAACUCUAUUAACUCUUUACAAAGUUUGACAUCUCUGCAUUGGCAGGUGGCAAGCUACCUAUGUGUGUGUGUGUGUGUGUGUGUGUGUGUGUGCUCUCACAGGUUGGGUUGCACAGCGGUCUACUGUAUCUCUAUGCUAAUCAUUCUACAAGUAAUCUAUAAAGUAGAGAUUUGCUUGCAGAAUUAAUACCUGAUUUCUUUUUAUUCACUUUUCAGAUGAUGGCAGGGCCAGGUUCACUGCAGAAACAGAAUAAAAAGCAGUAUUCAGUAUUCAGUAUUAAAGUAUUAGAAAUCACAAAUCAACUUUUAGCAAACCAGUCCCAAUCAGAGUUUGAUUAAUGCUUGUCUUUAGCAUAAACGUUCACUUAAAUCUACUAUUUACACUGUUUUUAAAUCAUAGUCAAUUACAACAAUUUAAUAAUAUGCAUCUAACAUAUCUAUAGGAGCUGAAUCACAGAAAGCAUUAUAUUAUCUUAUGAGUCCUAUGGCCAUGACCAAUGAGUAUCUGGUUUCCCUUUUUAAUACGUCAGGGUAAAAAAAAAAGAAGCAUCCCCAGUACUGGCUCAAUGAUGUUCCAGCCUUAUCUUAGUGCACAAGUUCAGUGACUGCAAUAACCAGAAAAAUAAUACACAUACCAUAUUAAGCCAGUUAUUAAUUAAGCAGUGUGUAAUCAUCUGACUCCAUUUUCUCUGCUAGAUAUAUUAGUCUUAAUGAUGAAUCAGUGAUCAAGAUGAAAAGUUAAAGUGUUUUUUACUCAUGUUGUCAUUAUCCUUGGACAGUGUGUCUUCUGUAUCUAAUGUUACUGACUGCCCGACUGUGGACAGGCCUUGGUGCUGGAUGGUGUUGAUGAAGUUUUGAUUAAUAAAUUUUGUAGUUCACGCAGAGACCACUGUAGCACUCUAUCACUUUUAAGUCACCUUUUUGGAGAGAAAAAUGGCUCAGUAUUUGGUGUGUUUUAAUUAAUUUGGCCAUCAGUCCCCACAUGCAAAAUUAUGUGUGCAACUUUAAUGAGAGGACAGAAAUAUCCAAUUGUUUCUUACUUCUCUUGAAUGCAGCAUUAUUUCACUAACGUCCCAUUAUGGUUUAGCAUGUUUUUGACACCAAAUUACCACUUUGACACAGAGACAGUCUGCCAUUAACCAGCCCUGACACCACAUGUUGUGUUCUGGCCUUACAUCCUCUCUGUGGGGAUAAUCUUUAUUAAACUGUGUGAUUGUCUUCAGUGUUU